AUCAUAGAUGUUUUAAAUCUUUGCUACUGUGCUAUCUAUAGUUGUCGCGCAACGCAACGCUUAACAGCAGAUUUUAUAUUGCUAAGUAGUUGUCUAUGAGUUCUACGGGUUCUCUUGGUUCUCCUGUUCGAUUCGCAAUCAACAUUCAUCCUCAUCCAACCACAGGUGCUAAUUGAACACACAAUACAUACCCAACUGCUUACUCCCAAGCAAAACAAGUUUAUCUUUAAUGGCUUUCCCAUCAUCAAAUGCGCAAGCUGACGUUACCAAAAAGAUUCUGGAAGAUAUCCAAAUCAAAAAGCAACUCUUGCAGAAGGGCGUGAGUCCAGUGACUCCGAAUAUCAGCACUACUCCAGCUGGUCUCACGAUUCCGCAGUAUAUUCAAGCAACCAGUCAAUCUCAGUCUAAUCCACCAGCGGAUAAUUCUAUCAACGCAACGACCAAGGCAGUGUGGAAUCAAGCUCUCAGUCAGUCGUACGGGUUUUUCAUUCCACAAGACUCGCUGUUCGGGAAUAGUAUUAUUCCCGUAUUACCCCGAUUCGAUAACACACCUGCGGCUGGUACUGGCUCAGGAGGUGCCGCUGCAUCAAGCGGAAGUAAAUAAUGGCAUGUUUGAAGUUGAAAAAGUUUGAGGAAUUUCUGCAAACGGUUGACGGUUUCGAGAAUCCUAAAGUAACGUUGGAACAGUACAUUACUCCGUCCCACAUAG